GCAUUUUACGGGAUGUCUGUCUGUGGUGCAAGAAAUGUCCGUCCUCUGCAAAUUUGCAACGUUUCACAUUCUCGAAAAUCCCCGUUUAUUUUAGGGAAUGACGUCAUCGUGCCAUAAAGGAUAAAACCUUCAGUUAUUUCACAUUGUUUGAGUAACUUCAGUCGAUCGUUCUUCCGUCGGUUUUCCCGUCGUAAAGGUUGUUGUAGGCCCAAUUUUUUUUGUGGCCUUCCCAUCCCGGCCCACUAGUCUGCAAAGCCAAAGUGAAAAAGUGCAAGCAUUGAAGCAGGUGAGUAAAACAACACCAAGUUGCAAUGGCGGAAAACCAACCCAUACCCCAAAGCCAGCCUCUGGAAGCCAGCCAGGUAUGCAACAGUGCCGGUGGCUUCGUCUGGACGGUAGAUGAUAUGGAUCGUCUGCGUCGGUUCCUGUGUCUGGGCUCCGAGACUGGUACUUACUACUGCAAAGCCAAGGAACUGGGUCUGCAGAACGUGGAGUGCAUCCAGAAACUCAUCGAGGACGGAAAGGGGGAAGAUGUGGUCAAAGAAAUCCUGGAGUACAGCGUGGAAGGGCGGACGGCUAAGCAAGACCCCAUUCUGGUUGCCCUGGUCCAGUGUGCCCGUUGCGAACACGUCAAAGUCAAGCAGCUGGCUUACGAGUCCAUGCCAAAGAUCUGUCGCAUCCCAACUACCUUAUUCCAGUUUGUAGAGUACGUGGAGAAGCUCCAGGGCGGGUUUGGAACAGGGUGGGGACGGGCGCAGAAGAGAGCAAUCGCCCGUUGGUAUAACGAGAAGAAUCCAAGGCAACUUGCCUACGCCGUGACUAAGUAUCGGAACCGUAACGGCUGGACCCAUCGGGACAUCCUGAGGCUGGGACACGUCAAACCUAAGGAUGAGGCGACCGGCCUGGUGCUGAAGUAUGUCGUCAAGGGCUGGAAGGAGCUUGCUGGGUCCAUCAAGGAGGAUGAAGAACACAACGAUGCCUUCAAGGAAGUCUUGACCUUCUUGAAAGAUGCCGAGACAGCUCGGCUUUCUACAGAUGAAACAGAGCUGAUUGCCUUAGUGGAGAAGCAUCAGUUUGCCUGGGAACAUCUGCCCACACAGUUCCUCAAGUCAAUUGAGGUCUGGAAGGCCCUGCUUCAGUCCAUGCCCAUGACGGCCAUGAUUCGCAACCUAGGCAAACUAACUUCCAUCGGUCUACUGAAACCUCUCGGUGAGGAGACGAUGAUGGUCUGUGAGCGUCUUCGUGACGAGAAUCGUCUGCGUAAAGCCCGUGUGCAUCCAAUCAACAUCCUAGCUGCUCUCAACCAAUACCAGAAAGGCAAAGGCUUCAAGGGAAAGUUGAUUUGGAGACCAGUACAAAUGAUCUGUGAUGCGCUGGAUGAUGCAUUCUACAAAGCAUUCAAGUUUGUAGAGCCGACCGGCAAGCGUUUCCUGCUAGCCCUAGACGUCAGUGGCUCCAUGAGUUGCAGUGGCGUCAACGGAAUCGAGAACAUCAUGGCCAGAGAGGCAUCAGCUGCCAUGGCGAUGGUUACCAUGAGAACAGAGCGGAACCAUUACGUCAUGGCCUUCUCAGAUCAUCUGGUAGAUGCUGGGAUCAAUGCUAACAUGAGGCUAGAUAAAGUCGUUGAAACCGUCAGCUCGAUUGUAAUGGGUGGAACAGACUGUGCCUUGCCUAUGAUCCACGCCAAGGAACAGAAGAUUCCUGUGGACGUCUUCAUCAUCUACACAGACAACGAGACGUGGUUUGGUGACAUCCACCCCACUCAGGCCUUGCGGGAUUACCGCCAGGCCAUGGACAUUGACGCUAAGCUGAUCGUGGCGGGUAUGUCGGCCAAUAGUUUCUCCAUUGCUGACCCAGCUGACAAGGGUAUGCUGGACAUCGCUGGGUUCGACUCUAACUGCCCCAACUUGAUUCGCAAUUUUGCCCUGAACUUGGUAUAAUAGAGGCUAGCAGGAAUCCAGUACAAUGGUGACCUAGAAAGAACUGGUGUGGACGAACAUAAGGUACAGUUGGAGCUUAUGGCUAACAGGAUUGGGAAGGUACAUGUAGCUCUUGUACAUUACAACACAAGUCAAUCGCAAGUCCUCCCAAGUCCUUA